AAAACCUCUGCUCCCCCUCCAGGUCUUGGCAGUAGGGAGAGGCAACGCUGAGCACCUCAGCUCUGGACCAUGAGCUGGCUCUGCUACUGGGGAUGCCAGGGCUGAAGGCUCCAACCCUCGGGGAAGGAAGAUGCUCCAGACCAGCAACUACAGCCUGGUGCUGUUCCUGCAGUUCCUCCUGCUUUUCUACGACCUUUUUGUCAACUCCUUCUCGGAGCUGCUCCGCACGGCCCCUGCCGUCCAGCUUGUCCUUUUCAUCAUUCAGGACAUCGCUAUUCUCUUCAACGUCAUCAUCAUCUUCCUCAUGUUCUUUAACACCUUCGUCUUCCAAGCUGGGCUGGUCAACCUUCUCUUCCACAAGUUCAAGGGGACCAUCCUCCUGUCGGCAGCCUACCUGGCGCUCAGCAUCUCCUUCCAUGUCUGGGUUAUGAACCUGCGGUGGCGAGAUUCCAGCCGCUUUGUCUGGACUGAAGGCCUGCAGACUCUUUUUGUUUUCCAGCGGCUGGCGGCUGUGCUCUACUGUUACUUCUACAAGAGGACAGCGGUGCACCUGGGAGACCCCCUCUUCUACCAGGACUCUCUCUGGCUGCGCAAGGAGUUCGCACAGUUCCGCGGCUGAUGGCUCCCCUCGGGCUCUGGGCGAUCCACCGUCUCUCUGCACCUCAUGGGCCUCCUUGGGGACAGCUCCGGUUCAGCCAUCUUCCUCCUCUUCCUCCUGGAGACCAGCCCUUCCACCGGUGCUGGCACAGCUCAUGCAGAUGCCAGGAGUCGGUGGGAGGUUUGCGGUGCGUCUGGGCACUGCCACCCCCGCUGGGACUUGAGUGGUUUUGUAAAGACUAAAGAAAUAAAUGGGCUGCAUUUUCCAGAGGUUG